AUGAGGAAGCUGUGUCCGAACGUAGACAGAGACGAUGGUUUGGAGACGGUUUUGGAAAUUCCGAUACCGGAGGAGUUGUUCUCCGGUAUGGGCAAUAACGUAGCAUUGAGGUGUCAGAAUAUGAUGACGUGGAUGAAAGCUCAAACGGCUGAUAAAUUGUCGCAACCGCUAAUCGCUGCUCGUAUCAACGAGCUUCGUUUUCUUCUCUACCUCGUUGGAUCGCCUCUUAUACCUCUCCAGGUUCAAGUUGGUCACUCUGUUCAUAAGCCUGUCAAAGAUUCCUCCAUUCAAGCUUCCACGGCGAAAUACAUAGUGCAGCAAUACAUAGCGGCGACGGGAGGACCUGCAGCGUUAAACGCCGUGAACAGUAUGUGCGUUAUUGGACAAGUGAAGAUGACGGCGUCAGAGUUUCACCAAGGAGACGAUUCCAACGUUAACCUUAAAAGCAACGAUGAAAUGGGUGGUUUCAUAUUGUGGCAGAAAGAUCCAGAUCUGUGGUGUUUGGAGCUCGUUGUGUCUGGAUGUAAAGUCAUAUGCGGUAGUAACGGUCGGCUUUCGUGGCGACAUUCUUCUAACCAGCAAACACCGUCGUCCACCGGAACACCGAGACCUCUCCGCCGUUUUUUACAGGGUUUAGAUCCUCGUUCGACCGCUAAUAUGUUCCUCGACGCAACGUGCAUCGGAGAGAAGAUUAUCAACGGUGAGGAUUGCUUUAUACUGAAACUUGAGACGAGUCCGGCGGUUAGAGAGGCUCAAAGCGGUCCAGAGUUCGAGAUCAUUCAUCACACGAUAUGGGGUUAUUUCAGCCAGAGAUCGGGACUGUUGAUACAGUUUGAGGACUCGAGGCUUCUGAGUAUGCGGACCAAGGAAGGCGAUGUAUUUUGGGAGACUAGCGCCGAAUCGGUGAUGGAUGAUUAUCGGUACGUGGAUGAUGUGAACAUCGCUCACGGUGGGAAAACUACAGUUACGGUUUUUAGGUAUGGUGAAGCCUCGGCGAACCAUCGGAGACAGAUGACGGAGAAGUGGCGGAUCGAGGAAGUUGAUUUUAACAUUUGGGGUCUCUCGGUCGAUCAUUUUCGUCCUCCCGCCUUUUUGCUCACCGUGGGCAGGCCUAUCGUUGUGCCUGAUCGGACUGGGCAUGCUCUCUUGCCUACCCUUUAUGGACAAGCUAUGAAGCAUAACACACACUUCUUUGUUGAAUACUUGGCUCUCGAUUUGCUCAUGGCUAGUGAUGGCAGUUGCCAGGGUGUUAUUGCACUAAACAUGGAAGAUGGAACACUCCAUCGUUUCCGCUCUGCACAAACAAUUUUGGCCACUGGGGGUUAUGGAAGAGCAUACUUCUCUGCAACCUCAGCACAUACAUGCACAUAACCUCUCAUCACCGAAGGAUCCCGAGGUGAAGGUGUGGUAUUCUUAGAAACAGUGAAGGUGAACGAUUUAUGGAACGAUAUGCUCCAACUGCCAAAGAUCUUGCAUCAAGAGAUGUUGUGUCCAGAUCUGUGACUAUAGAAAUCAGGGAAGGUCGUGGUGUAGGUAUGCUUCCCUUUAAACUAGUUUUCUUUUUUUGGAGGAACUCUCAUUACAUGUCUUUGAGCUGUAUCCGUGCUUGAUUUUGUGAUACUUUAAUACUCUUUUUUUUUUUUUUGGAUAUGUUGCUAAAAUCGGCAUAAGGAUCAUAUCUAUCUCCAUUUGAAUCAUCUUCCACCAGAAGUUCUGAAAGAAAGGCUUCCAGGAGACAGCUGCAAUUUUUGCUGGUGUUGAUGUCACCAAAGAGCCAAUUCCAGUCUUGCCCACUGUUCACUACAACAUGGGUGGUAUCCCAACGGCGAGAUGCAGUGGUUCCUGGGCUUAUGGCUGCUGGGGAGGCAGCUUGUGCAUCUGUUCAUGGUGCCAACAGGCUUGGUGCAAAUUCUCUCCUCGACAUUCUUGUGUUUGGUCGUGCUUGUGCAAAUAGGGUUGCCGAGAUAAGCAAACCAGGUGAGACUCUAGAGGAGAAUGCAGGAAAGAAGAUAAUCGAAUGGCUGAACAAGUUAAGACACUCAAGCGGGUCGCUUCCUACAUCAAGUAUCAGAUUAAACAUGCAGCUGUCUUCCGCACCCAAGAAACAUUGGAAGAAGGUUGUCAGUUGAUCGACAAGGCAUGGGAAAGUUUCGAGGAUGUCCAAGUUAAAGAUGGGAGUUUGAUAUGAGACAAUAUAUAGAAACUGGAGAACCUUUUGAUAAACGCUUCCAUAACAAUGCAUUCAGCGGAAGCACGAAAGGAAAGCAGAGGAGCACAUGCUCGGGAGGAUUUCACGAAAAGAGAGGAUGGAGAAUGGAUGAAGCAUACAUUACAUUGGUGUUGGGGGUGGAUUUACAUCCUCCCUCAAAGGCCCAUUAGACAUUUAAUUAGGUCCACUUUUUUUAUAAAACCCUAAACAUCUUUCUUCUAUAAAUGGAGAACUACCUCCAUAUGAGAAAGGAUCUUGACCUCUUCUUAGACUUAAGAAAAUACUUUCAUAUAGAUUUUGUAUUCUAAGGUUCACUUUACCUUUGUAAUCAUUUUGGUGAUGAACCUUUAAUCAAUGAAAUCUAUUUUAUGUUCUUUUCCCAUUUGAUUUCAUUUGAUUAUUUCUCCUAAGCCUCAAGAAUCUAAUUUUAUUCUUAGAUUCUCUUAUUGUAUUGAUUCAACAAACACUACCAGCAUAAAUACCAUUUUUGGAUCAAACAGUUGGCGCUAGAAGGAGGGGCCAAGGAGAACUAUCUUCAAAACAAAUCAAAAAAAAAAAAAAAAAAGAAUUGCAAUGUCGUCUUGUUUCUGGGUUUUGGUUCUACAGAGCGAGAGAUACUGACGAUAACGGGUCAAAGUUUGAACCUUUCUUCAACCAACGACAAAGCUUAGCUGCGGAUUGACCCACCAAAGAACCAAGAUCCUCGUAGAGCUUGUCGUCUCUAUCCUCAUCGACGCGCCGGUGAAGAUUUCGUCUCGACCCGCCGGUGAAGCUUCCGUCUCGAUCCGCCGGUGAAGUUGACGGCGUCUCGUCCGCUUCUGCGCAAAAGUCCCGACCCAGAGCUCUUCAUCUACGGACCAGAGAGCUUUCCGUCCGAGAAGAGCUCGUCGGUGGAGAGCAUUGAGCUUGAGCUUUCCGUUCAGACAACUCAUCAAUCUGACUUGAGAUCGCGCUUAAUCUCCAAGAACAGGUCGCGCUUAAUCUCAGCAGCAAGGGACACCUCGUCACAAGUUGCCAUCUCCGCACGAGCUUCUCGUCUCGUCCUUUCGAUUGAGAAGAUUGCAACAGGGCUCACAAGCUUGAUCUUGGCAGAGCUCACGAGUUUGAUCUCAUCCAACGCUACCUAUGGCUCAAUCAUGAAGAUGCGUGGUCAUGCCAGACAUGGUCUUAACGGAAAGCAUCGCACCUGCUACUUUGUCAAGCAAUGGUGAAAGCUUCAAGUUUCAGAGAGGCUCAGUUGAUGAAUUCAUUUAAGGCCGCAGAGUUCUAAGGUCUCCGCAACUGGCGCGAACAGGAGAGAAGAAGAGUUCAGUAAGAACAAGCUCAUCACCUGAUCUCGCAUGACUGUUAUGAUAGCCCAUCACCUGAUCCUGCAAGAACAAGCUCAUGCUCCGUCAUGAUAUUUAGAGCAGCUCAAAGGUUCGAGGACGCCAACACCGAGAAGCCAAAACUGGACGUCACAAACAGAGCUCGGAUCUUAUCUUGGGGUAAAAGAGCUUUGGUGAAGGUGUUAUGGUAUCAUCAACCUCUCGAUUUUAUUUCAAGAAAGCUCUCCCAAGAGACAUGACCACAACAUCGGGUCCACCUCGAAACAAUUCUCCUCCUGCUAAAAGAUAAGUGUUCUAUUACUUAUGAGAUAACUCAUAUUAUUAUUGCUCGUAGCCUAUACAUGUUAAUAACUAAUAAUUGUCAUGUUAACGAGAAACUAGCUCCACCGCUUGCUUAAUAUUGAAACAAAACGUGUGUUUUUUCUUUUAUUUGGAUUUUGUUUGAUCUAAUCAUGAUUGUGGUUUUGAUGAACCAGAGUCAAUCACGAUUGUCAAGCCAAAAAGAAAAAUCAGAACCGGGAGUAACGUGGAGUCCUGAAGCCACCUCGCCACAAGAGACGUCCGGAGGCUCGAGACGAAACCUUCUCAGCAUAUUUGUGAUCUCUGCAAUCGAGAAGCAGACAAGUGACCCGCACCAAGAAUGACGAGCUCAAAUUCUCUCAACGAGCUUGCCGCAACCGGCACAAGCUCUAGACGAACUCAUUUUAAGCUCGGCUUGGAUAAGAGAUAACUACACCAUCUCAUCUCGGCGAGGUCUCUUCUUGAUCCAUGGCCGUCCAUCUCGGCGAGGUCUCCUCUCGAUUCAUAGCUAUCCGUCUCGACGAGAUCUCCAUCUCAGCAAGUCGUUUGUUGGUCUCUUUGGUGGCUCUUCAUUCUGGUCGUGUUAGCACCGUCACUACUGAUUCAGUGGACUUACUCAAGUGGUCAAGUGAUUCAGAGUAACAUCACGUUCUAGUCAAGUGGAAAACCAAAAAGGCGCUCGGUAACAUGUGUGGUGGAGAUGAUGACUCGAUCACGUUUCAUACGGUUGCCUACAUGAGACCGAAGAAGAAAGGAGUUCGAGCUCAUUGUCUCUCUCUCGGCAACCACUCCAUCUUCUCCACCACAAAGCAGAGCCAAAGAGAAAAACAUAGCCAACAAGCGGCUACCACCAUCAUGUACUCAUGCUUCAAAGGACAGCCCUCAGCUACGAGCUUGCUGGAAGCAGUACAAGCGACACAAACCAGCACGCUUUCUCAACAUCAUCAUAGCCUGAUGAACACACAAGCCAACAACUUGCUCGGGGCACACGAUCUCAACACAACACGAGACUUCGGGUCGGCAAUAGUUCGAGAUCGACUUCAUCUCUCUCUACGAACUUGGGAGGCUUACUGUUGGGGGUGGAUUUACAUCCUCCCUCAAAGGCCCAUUAGACAUUUAAUUAGGCCCACUUUCUUUAUAAAACCCUAAACAUCUUUCUUCUAUAAAUGGAGAACUACCUCCAUAUGAGAAAGGAUUUUGACCUCUUUUUAGACUUAAGAAAAUACUUUCAUAUAGAUUUUGUAUUUUAAGGUUCACUUUACCUUUGUAAUCAUUUUGGUGAUGAACCUUUAAUCAAUGAAAUCUAUUUUAUGUUCU